ACUUAUUGUGACUGGACGCAGACCCAGUAAAGUUUUUCAAUUUAAUUCAACAUUAAAAGACAUAGCAACUGCAUAUCCUACCACAGCUAAUACUAGUAAUAGUAAUACUACUGCAACAACACCAACUAAUAAAACUGCUAUUGGUACUCCUACUACUACUAAUUCCACUAUUACGAAUACAACUCCAACUACUGGAACAACUAAUACGACUACCACAGCGACUACACCAAUAAGUAAUUGUACUACUUCCAGUUUAGUUAAUAAAAGUAUCGAUAACGCUACUGCUACCACAACAACAACUCCUUCCACAACUACAACCACUACAUUUACAACUAUAACAACUGCUACUACUACUAACAACUCUUCCUCCACAAAGGAUAAUGUAACUACUACUCCUACAACAGCUACCUGUUUUGCUACAACAACAGUCUUUUCUAAUGCUACCACACCCAAUUCUACAACAUUUGACAAUAGUGAUA